AUGGCCGGGGUGCAAGGGAAUAUCCGGUCAUUCAUUGCGCCGAUCAAAGGAUCCGGGCGCACCGCUCCAGCUCUCCUCGAGGACGUAACGCUCUAUGCGCCAUGGCGGGACUCAAGGGACAUACCCAACCUGCUGGCCGACUCUCCACUCACAUUCACCAACGUCCAGUACCUGGCGGAAGCCCUACCUCCUCAGAGCUGCAGACACAAGUUCGGACUGAAGCCAAAACAAUAUCAAUCGCCUGCGUUGGACGAAAGACCGGGACCUCAGACGAUAUGGACCGUAGCAGCUGUCUGUCAACUGUGCCGCGUGCAUCUCCACGUCAAGAUUGACUACACCAUCAGAUUCGACGAGGAGCCAUGUCCGAGUCCUCGACAUCCCUUGCAUCACCUGGUGAGGUCGGAAUUUCAAGAGCCUCUGGAGAGGAAUGCAUGGAGGCGUCUGAACCCAAACUCUCAAGACGAGAUAUACACGUACAAGUGCUCUUCACAUAGUUGCUCUGCCACAGUCACCCUCCGCUUCAGUCCCCCGGUGCUUCGUCAGAACGACAUUCACACCCUGACCGAUCCUGGUUUGCUCCGGCAGAGAACAGAAGAUGCAUUUCGGGAAAGAGGCGGAAACACCGAGGGGAUGCGGCAUCCGGGCCCUAUGGACGUCCUGCUCGAUCUGAGAGCCUACCUGAAGAACUCAUGGAGAGCGAAAGAUGAUCCGAAGUUCAAGUCGAUCAAUUUGUCCAACAAGCGCUUUAUUGUUCGGUUUGGUCCAGAAGGCGGUGCUUGCAGAGAUGUGCUGGAGCAUCUCGGGUUUCAACUGGUGCCGGGUGAUUGCUGGAUGGUGCCAGAACCAGACUUUGAGGACCAGCAGCCCUACGAAAGUCCCGUCAAUCUGUGGUUGGACAAUGCCGAGCACGAGCUGCUAACGCUCAUCAUGUCACGGCCUUACGAGGAACGUCAGCAACUCCAAGAUGUACCACCACCUGUACCUGCCGAGAGGGAACUCUCACGGGCCCUGGGGUGUCAAGACUAUGACUCGCAUCCGUCAAGCAGGGCAUCACAUAUUUCUCCGGAAAUGCGAACACCCCCUUUCAUUGCCCUUGGUGCUCCGAUGGACCUGUCCGAUUCGCUUGUUACCAGAGCAUAUCAAUGGCAAGUACAGACCGACCCGCAAAAUGCACCUGUAUAUCUCAGUAGCCUCAAACACAUCGCAAGCCAUCGCCAAAGCCCUGAUCUGGAAACUGAAGUCGUCAUAGAGACGUCGCAGGGCCGAUUCGAUACAGAGAUGUUGAAGGAGGCUUAUAGAGCCUUGCAUUUCCUUGGGCAGGAAAGUACAAUCAGCGAUGAGGAUGUCAUCGGGGGUUUCACCGCCCAGCUGGCAGAUUCCCCAGGCCACGAGCACCAACUGCGAGACUACUUGCGGAUUAUAGGCGUCCAUCGUAACAGUAAACGUAUCACAGACGCAGCGAUGAACAUAAUCGAUACCUACGAGGCGGCGCUUGCCUUCUUGGAUGCAGAUGCCUCAAAUGAUGAUGAGAGCAUUCAAGCACUGUUUGCUGUCAAGACCUCCGAGAACAAAACUCUAGAGGACCAGGCCAUCCAGGCUGUUCGUCUGAUCGCAAGGCACCGGCAAAGUCGAUUCUUGACCCAGUGGAUUGACUCCGGAUUUUCAUCAGACGCGCACAACGUCAUGGAGGCCGCCGAAGGAUACCAAGUUCUCCAGAUCGAAAACCGGGCGGUCGAAGACGAGAUGGUUCUGCUCCAGUACACCAUGGCUGUUGAGGAUAACCCCGGUAGCGUCGACCACUUCAAUCGAGCCCUGACCGCCAUCGCACGCGAACGCAAGAGUUCAAUCUUGUUGGAUCAACUGCACAGCGCGGCGCCCAAGGAACCGCAAGGCACCCCCGAAGAACCCGUUGGUCUCGAAAAUAUCGGAAACACCUGCUACCUCAACAGUCUCUUGCAGUUUUUGUUCACCAUGAACAAGCUGCGACGGCUGGUGCUCGACUUCGACAGGUACAAGAUGAAUCUGGACGAGAAAAGCAUGGAAACAAAACGUGUUGGACAGCGGAGAGUCAGUGUCAAAGAGGUUCAGAGUGCGCAGAAAUUCGUUGAUAACCUGGCAUCGCUGUUUCGCGGCAUGAUUCAGACUCCGCAGUCUUCGAUCAAGCCAGAACAGGAAUUGGCGCGCUUGACGCUAGAAACCGAGAGCGUCAAGGAGAAGAUGCGGCGCAGAUCGACCCUCAAGUCCAACGAGCGGCCCAGCUUAGGCUCCAUUGACAACAUGCCUCUACUGGGCCCGUUACCCAAGGACGACUCUGCGGCUAAUGGCGCACCAGAUUCCGCGGUUGUCCAGUCUCCUGCCGAGGUCGACGCUGUCGACGACCCUCUUUCCACUUUCGAUGCCUCAAUACUUGAUGCCGCCAGUGGCGCAGAUGCAGUUGACGACGCAACGAUGAACGACAACUCCAGUGAAAUCACCCUUGUCUCCAAGCCCGACAGCGAACAGAAUACCGUCGAAGGGACCAACGAGCAGGAACAAGCGUCAGUGGUGGAUAACAAGGAAAAUGUGUCGCCGACCAAGCCUCCGUCGGCAACGAUCGCCGUAUCGCCUUGGACAGGUCAGCCUCUAGAGCCAACCCCAGCGUCAAAGCUGAAUGCCCAAGCACGCGCGUCGUCCGAGCAGACAACCAACAAGGCAACUGACAUAGAUCCCGAACUCAUGAAGUUCGCUCCGCCUCCUGGAAAGCCACCGCCAGUGCCUCCACGGAAGCCAGUUCAAAAUCCAACCACGACAUUGGAAGAGUAUGCGCGACAGCAGGAUGUCACGGAGGUCAUGAACCACUGCAUCAUCCAGUUGUCAUAUGCACUGCGGCCCACAGGCUUCGACAAGUCUGGCGAGCAACUUGACGAGAUCCAUGAUCUCUUCUUUGGGCAGCAAAUUGUCCAUACUGAACCUCAAAAGGAGCCACCAGUAACAUUGCCUUUCCUCAAUAUUAUUACACGCGUGUUCCAAAGACCGAGCGACGUCUACGCCGCGAUCGACAAUGAGUUCGACCUUCAAGACGCGCAAAGUGGUGCCAGGGCAUAUACUUCUAUCGCAGGCCUACCGCCAGUGCUGAGCAUAGCUCUAGAUCGAGUGUCGUGGAACAAUGAGACCAAACGCCAAGAGAAGCUCAAUUACCAUGUCGACGUGCCGGAGACAGUUUACAUGGAUCGAUACCUUGAAAGUCCACCAGAGUCCGACCUGAUGAAAAGACGGCAGCAGACAUGGGAGAUCAAGAAAGAGCUGUCCUUGCUUAUUGCUCGAAGGGACGAGUUGGAAGAGAAAUAUGCCAAAUCCGCCGACAUCCCAAGCCUUCUCGAAGAUGCAAAGAUCGCUCUGGAGCACCUGUCAGAGAUUCCUAGCGAUCAAAUAUCGGAAAGCUUGGACAUCAAUCCGACCGCCAUCGCAAUCUUAGGGACCCUUGCGGAAAACGCUCGGUGUGAGCUCGAAGAAGUUCGAGGGCGAAUCACCCAACUCACUCAGCAAAUCAAAGAAUCCUUCGCCGACAUGCGCAAACACCCUUAUCGCCUGCACGCCGCAUUCUUCCACCGCGGAAGUGCUGGCGGCGGCCACUACUGGGUCUACAUCUACGAUCACAAGAAGGAAAUCUGGCGGAAAUAUAACGACGACCGCGUCUCCCUCGUGACGAACAGAAACGAAAUUUUCGGCAAUCCAUAUGCUCAAGGCCAGCACUCAGCCAGUAACCCCCCACCGAAUCCAUACCUCUUGAUCUAUCUCGACGCAGAGAAGAUCGAUACCCUGGCCGAGGCAGUAAAACGAGAAAUUGUGUAUCCGCCACCUGAUGAACCACCUCCUAUUCCCUCGCGGAAUCCCCCGCAAAAUCAAAUGUCGGCCAUGCCGCCGGCUCGAGCUACCGGUAGCGGUGGCGGCGAAGGUGACGUGGAAAUGUUGGAAUACGUCAAUGGUGGUGAGCAGGCCCUUUCCGACAACAUCAUUGUGCACCCACCGGAGUCGAAGGUCAAGAAGCAAGGCGAUUGGGAUGACAGUGAACUGAUUGCGGAUAGGGCGAUUGAGUGGUAA